GGGAGUUGAACCGGCAGCUUUUCCCGCUCCGCCGCCGCGUGGGUCCGGUAACAUCCGGUGAUGACUCAGCAGGCGACGGCGAGGUGGCGCUACGUGCGGGCGUUCGUCAGCGGCCUGUUCGUCGCCGUUCCCGUCACCGUCACCGUCCUGGACCGCUUGGCCUACGUGGCUCGAGUGGAGGGAGCGUCCAUGCAGCCGUCCCUGAACCCAGACAGCGGCUUGGACUGUGACAUCGUCCUCCUGAACCGAUGGAGCGUGAGGAACUACCAAGUCCAGCGAGGGGACAUCGUCUCCGUCGUGUCUCCAAAGAACCCCCAGCAGAAGAUCAUCAAGAGGGUCAUCGGCCUGGAGGGAGACUUCAUCAGGACUCUGAGCUACAAGAACCGAUUCGUCCGAGUUCCCGACGGUCACUUCUGGAUCGAGGGCGAUCAUCACGGCCACAGUCUGGACAGCAACAGCUUCGGACCGGUUUCGGUCGGGCUGCUCCACGGCCGAGCUUCUCACAUCAUCUGGCCUCCACAGCGCUGGCAGGAGAUCAAACCGUCCCUCCCCCCGAACCGAGGCCCGCUGGACACUGAGGAAGACGAGGGAUGAAGACACACACGUGGUUGAACUCGUCUGUUCGGAUCUGUUGAAGCAGACAAACGUCUGAAUAACUUCAUAUUCAGGAGGAAACAGAUUCUCUGGAUUAUUGAGAGAAGUUAAUUUUCUGGAUUUCUCAUAGACUUGAUCCUGUGACAUUUACAGAUUUAUUUUUUGAAGUCACAUCGAAGUCGGAUCCAGAGCUGGAAAGAUUAUUUGAUUAAUUGAUUCACAGGAAAUCAUCUGAAAGAUCUGCUGUUUCAAGGAUGAAUUAAUGGAUGAAUUUAAAUAAUCUCUGUUUUAUAUCACUGAAUUUUUCUUAUUAUUUGGUUCCUGGUUGAAUAAAACAAGAGAUUUGACAUUUAAUAAAACAAAAUGUGAAUUGAUUCAUUUAGGAAUGGAAUGAUUUAGCAGGUGAAUCUAUAUUUAGCUGCAGCUCAUUUCUGAUGAAGAAAGAAUAUUCCUUCUGUUUCAUGUUCCUGUUUCAAAU